UUAUUAUUAUAUAAAUCCAAAUCUCUCUCCUUUCCUCUUCUUCGUUUCUUCGUUCUCUCUCAUCCAUGGUGGAACGCAGAAGCAGAAGCAGAAACAGAGUCGCCGGAGCAACCGACAACAUCGAACUAGCACCGCCACCACUGCAACAAUCACUGUCAUUGAAUACCUAAGCUUUUCUAGCUGCCGCAGCAAAAUUGCGGGAGAGUUCUAGAAGAAGAAGAAAAUGCCGCUCUCCAAGUACCACAUUCGGAACGAGUACGGCCUCGCGGAUCCCGAGCUGUACCGCGCCGCCGACGUUCGGGACGAUCCGGAAGCUCUCCUUGAGGCCGUCGCCAUGGGCGGCCUCGUCGGUCUCCUCCGCCAGCUCGGCGACCUCGCCGAGUUUGCUGCCGAGAUCUUCCAUGAUUUACAUGAAGAAGUAAUGGCUACUGCUGCAAGAGGUCAUGGACUUAUGACUCGUGUUCAACAGCUUGAGGCUGAAGUUCCUUCACUUGAGAAGGCUUUUUUCUCUCAAACUCAUCAUUCAUCCUUCUACACGAAUGGAGGGGUUGAUUGGCAUCCUAAUCUUCGUUCUGAACAGAAUCUUGUUACUCAAGGAGAUCUGCCUCGAUUUAUAAUGGAUUCUUAUGAAGAAUGUCGUGGUCCUCCGAGACUUUUCCUUCUGGAUAAGUUUGAUGUGGCUGGUGCUGGGGCUUGCCUGAAGCGUUACACUGAUCCGUCAUUUUUUAAAAUGGAAUCAGCUUCAUUUGAAACCAAAAUGGUAGAAGUUCACAGGGAAAAGAGAAUACGUAAAAUCAAGCAGAAGAAAGGACAACGGUUGCGGGAUGGCGAAGGCCCUAAUGUUGCACCAUCACAUGCAAAAUUGCAUCAGCUGCUUCUUGAGGAGCGUAUUGAGAAUGGUUACACUGAUCCUGCACGUCUUGUGAAGUUGAAGAAAAGACAGUUGAGCGGAUCUGCAGUUGAAGUAAAAGAUGGGAAAAGUUACAUGACAAAGUUCCUGGAAACUGCCUCACCUGAUCAUAAAAUGAUUUAUGAAACUUCAAUUAUUCCUUUGUCUGUAAAGCCUAUGUCGGAUGAUACCAGUGAAGCAGGGAUCAAAAUGCUUGAAAUCAGUGGCACUAGUGGAUGGAAAGGCAAAUGGAGAUGUUGUGAAGGUGAAAGAACAAAAAUUUUCUCGUGUGACAGAUGAAAUUUCUUCUAAUCAUCCCAAGUUUCCUAUGGAAACAGAAUUGGCAGUCGAUGAACAAAAGAAAAUAGAAGGGAUCUUAGAUGGGUACCAUUCUGAUACGAUUAGUGAAGUUGACAAUUAUAUGGAUGCUUUAAACACCAUGGAGUCAGAAUUGGAAACAGACAAUGAAUGUAAACCUAAAAGGCGAUUAUUGAAUAUUCAAAAGGCAACAGACGGUGAUGGCAAAGAAAACUAUCAACCAGAGGCUCGGUUUUCAUAUUCUCAAUCAUUUGGAGAUUCCUCAACGUCUGAUGAGAUUGGUUCAUUCAAACAAGAUAGAAAUGAAGAACAAAUUGAAGAGCAUGCUCAGUUGUCUGAUUCUCGCUCAACUGGGACAUCCUCAAUGUCAGACAAUAGUUUGUUCAGAAGAGAUGGCGAUGAUCAUACGGAAAUGCAAUCUCACUUUUCAGAUUCCCCAUCUAUUGGAAAUUCUUCUAUGUCAGAUGACAAUAGUUCUAGCAAGAAAGAAAGAUCCCCUUCCCAUCACACUGAUUCAUUAAGCUCUGUGGUUGAAAAUAUACAAUCGGAGCCUAUAUUAUUAACGAAAACCAAAAUUUAUGAACCAGAGGUUGAAGAUACACUACCCAGACAGCCUCCCCAUAUUGUUGUUCAUGAUGCACCUGAUGGUGAAGAAGAAAUUUCUGAUUCAGGUCAAGCCUCUAAUGAACUGAUGACUUCAGGACAUGUAUUGUGUUCUGUUCAUGGCCCUGCUUCACCAGUGACUCUACCUCCACAGGCUCAAUCAGAUGAACUCCCAUUUGACCCAGUUGAACUUAAUUCAACAGUAGAAGAAGAUGAAGAAAGAACAGAUCGUAUGAAAUCUAUGGUUGCUGAACCUGUCUCUCUCUAUGCUGUGAAAGAAGAUGCUUGUCCUCUGGAUUUGUCUGAUAAAAAUUCUCUAGACAAGUUGGAUAAUUAUGAUCCAAAUGUUCAGUCUGAUGAUUUAUUGCAAUUUUCAAAUAAUUUAGAAUUAGUUCAGGAAAAUGAAGGCAGUGAUCUUUCAGAAAUAAAGAAGUUGCAGGUGGAAUCACCUAAUAAAAACUCUCUUGAAGUUUUGGUUGAUAGAGAUAUUGGUUCAACAGGAGAGGAUCCGAUUUCCUCAUCCAUGGAAGAACUGGACUUGAAUUCAGGUACAAUGGCGGUGCUUGAUUGUCAAGACUUGAAAGAUGAGGAUUGUAUUAUAUCUACCCAACUUGGUUCCGAAGAUUUGGCUCCUGUUGUGGAUGUUCCUCCCAUGAGUUGCCUUACCGGGGAGUUAUCCUCAGAUGUAACUCAUAACAAUCCACAGGAUGAACCAAGUUUAGCCAAAAAUGAACAAGUGUGUUCUGAUGUCGAAUCAAUUUCUGAAGAGGGACUGGUGCCCGGUGAUGAAAUAAGAUCCACCUCAGGUGUUGAUCCUGUUGAAGGUGAUGGUCAUGUUAAAGAGCUGUCUUCUCCUGAUACUCCUGUGAUGGUAAAUGAUGUGUUCAGUGAAAAUGUUGAUUCAGAAGACCAAGCUGUCUCCACUGUUCCUUCUGUUAAUAGUGAUGACAAAGAUGCAGGUAUUUUAACCUGUCCAGCUCCAUCUGGAAGUUCUUCCAGUUUGCAAAAACCUCUCUCUUCUUCCUUGGAUUAUUAUAAGAUGGAAAUGGAAUCCAAUGAAGUAAAAUCAACCCAAAUUUUAAAGGACUUGAAUGUAGAAAAAAUGGAUAGCCAACUGGAGCAAUUGACAGCCAUCUCACCACUUGAUGUCAUUUAUUCUCCAACCAUUAAUUGUACAGAUACGGAAGAAUGUCUCUCUGCUGUUGCAGAUCCGCAUGAGAAAGAGAUGGAAGUUAACAAGGCAGUUGCUAGAGAAUCUUUGACAGAAUUAGAGAGACAGAAUGAAAUGGAUCAACCAAUAGCUUCUUCUGCUGGUGUGCAAUUGAAUCUGGAGAAACAGGGACCUGGUGAUCUUUCUAAUUUAGAAAGAUGUAAUGAUAAUCAAAAUUCAUCUCCUUGGGAGAAACUCCAACACAGUGCUUCUGUCGACGACAUGAAAAUGGUGCAAGAAUUUUCAGGGUUAGAUAGUCAGCAGUCAGAAUCUAUAUUUGAUGACUUGAAUGAUCCUUCACAGAACAAGAGAGAGAGUUUUUCAUCACCUUUUAACAAGCUUGAGUCUGGAAGUGAUGUAGAGCUGUUUUCACGAUCACAUGGUGGUGAAUGGGAUGCAGAGUUUAUGCUCAGCGGUGAAGGAAACAUAGCCUCUGAGAAAACUCAAUUGGAGAAAGAAAGCAUUCAUGCCACUCCCGACUUCCCUUCAGAUGACCAUGCAGAUGAACUGUCAUCAUCUCAUCCCUUACCACAGUCAUCUAGCCAGGAGGUUAACCCUACAGAACAUGUCAUGGAGCCAUCGAAGUCUCUUCCCGAUCUCUUUACCGAGUCAGCUGAGAAUAAUCUCGAUGAGAUGCCUCCUAUGCCCCCUCUACCACCUAUGCAAUGGAGAAUGGGCAAGGUUCAGCAUUCUUCCCCUUUUCUGCAGAGAGAACAGGUAGAAGUAAAUCAGGCCUCAUUCCAACCAAUGCUGCCUUCAGGCCAACCAAUGCUUCCAAUUGAACCUGAUAAUACCGCUCAAUUUGGUUUUCCAACAUCUGAGAGAGAUAAUUUGCUGUCUCAGAAUCCAUUUGUGCCUGUCAUGGCAGUGAGUGAUAAGCUCCAAUCUUCUGGGUUUCCAGUGGGUGUUUCAGGGCAUCCUGUUGCUAUACCUUUUCAAUUUCCUAUCAUGGUUAAUGAAGCAAAUGGUCAAUACCUAUUGUUGGACAGAAGCCAAAUUGCAAAUCCUUUCUAUACAUUACCUGUUGUAACCACCAGCAGGCCUCAGCAUGGCUACAUUGUUGCUUCUGAGGGACUAAUGGCACAAAAUUCAACCCUAUACCCUCCAACUCCAUCUGCCGAUUUUUCUGCUUCUGUAACUGAUUUCACCUCUCCACAGGAAAAAUUGACCCAAUCCCCAAGUCAAUUAAUGACUGAGACUAGUUUAGAAGUCAAAGCACAUGAGCAUCCCAUAAGAAAUGACGUACCUGUGGCUACUUCCCAAGAUUCUCAUGUUACUUCUGGACAAGAUUCCAUCUCUGCAGACGAACAAACUCAACCUCUUAUUCUGUCAAAGACAGAGACUAGUGAAGAUGACUCACUUCAGCAGUCUACAGAUAACAGGUUAUCCGCUGAAAGCCCUCCACAUGCUUAUGUUGUUGCUUCUGAGGGAGAAACAGUUGAGAGUUCAGAUCCUUGCCCUCCAAUACCACCUGCUGAAUGUGCUGUUCCUGAACAUGAUUCCAUCUCUCCACAAGAAAAACAAAUUCAUCCUCCCAGUCAGUUUUCAACAGAGGCUAGUUCCGAAGUUAAAACACCGAAUCAGUCUAUGAGUAAUGCUGAAGUGGGACAAGGACAUCUGCCUAUCUCACUCAUGUUGCCACCUCACAUGAAUAGUAUGGCACCUAAUCAGCAUUUCUUGCCUCCUGAGGGGGAAACAUCAUUGUCCUUAGAUGCAUCUGAUCAAACUUCAGAUUUUGAGAGUGAAAGGACAAAUCCAAAACCAAAGAACAAGCUUCCUCGUCCUCGGAAUCCUCUAAUUGACGCUGUUGCUGCUCAUGACAAAAGCAAGCUUAGGAAGGUUACUGAACGGGUUGUUCCUCAAACCGCCCCAAAGACAGAUGAAAGAGAUUCAUUGCUAGAACAGAUAAGAACAAAGUCCUUCAACUUGAAGCCUACUGUAGCGACGCGACCCAGCAUUCAAGGUCCUAAGACAAACUUGAAGCUUGCCGCCAUCUUGGAAAAAGCAAAUGCAAUUCGCCAGGCUUUGGCCGGAAGUGAUGAAGAUGAUGAUGCGGAUAGUUGGAGUGAGUGAUUCUUGAAUUCUGUUUGGAAAGCAUUGCGCUCUGAUUCUUGCCUCUGAACCAUGUCCAAAGUGUCACUCGUUCUCUCCUACAAUGAAUAGGAAAAAUCUUGGUGAAAUGUAAAGAUUCUUUAUCCUACCAUGUUCAUAUAUGAUAUACUCUUAGGUCUAGCUUCUCCUCUUAGUCCUCAUUUCUUCUACAUACAAUUUGCAUGAAUAUCAGUAUAAGCAAACAAAAUUUAGCAUCAAUCGUCAAAUCCAGAUCCAUUGUAGGAGGUGAAAAACUUUCUGCAAUUUGAUACGGCUCAGGUUCAGCGUGCAAGCGCUGUACCCACUUAUCAUCAAAUCCCAUAAGCAAGUGUAUAUUUCUGUGUUAUGUCAUUACCUUAUAUCUGUAAUCUGUGUACCCAAUUUUGUACUUGUGUGAUGUGUAGCGUAUGUGUAUCGUGAUAAUUUCCCCAUUUAUCAGCAUGUAUCUCAUCUAUGUCCAGUACAGUCAUAUAUGUAAACGUUAGUAUAAUACUUUCAGUGUACAGAUUCCAUCAUUGCUGUCAUUCAUUGAGCUACUACUUACUGUUA